AUGGGUUUCCCUAUCUCAACAGCAGCAACAACAGGAGGAUCUACACAAGGAUUAAAUGAACCACUUGUGCCUUGUUCCAUUUGUGGCCGUAGUUUCCGUUCUUCUAUUCUCUCUCGACAUGAAAAUGCCUGUGUAAAGGUACAAAAGAAAAGACGGGCUUUUGAUAUGAAAGGUCAACGAUUGGAUGGCAUUGAAGGUAUUAAUGAAGUUAUCAAUAAAAAUACAAAUAUAGGAGGCCCUAUACGAGGAGGGAAAAAAUCAAAUAAUACAAAUACAAGUAAUGUGAAUAGUACAGCUGCGGGGAAAUUACCAAAAUGGAAAAUCCAACAUGAACAAUUUCAAGCCGCUAUGCGAGCUAUGCGACAAGUAAAUACAGGCAAUCCAAAUGAUAAUAAUAAUAAUAAU